AUGAGGUACCUGCGAAUUGGCGCGGUAAUUGCCGCUGUGGGCUAUGUGAUGAACGCUGCGCUGUACAGCUGGCUUCCAAGGAACUACAUGUUCGACCCCCACACGCUGAACCGCAUCUGCAAUACGGUGAUCGCGAAACACAACGCGCGCGGCGCGGUAGCGCCGCGGGCGCUGCUGCAGGACGUGCGCGACGCGCUCGCGGCGCACUACGGGGAGGAGUACAUCAACCGGUACGUGGAGGACGAGUGGGUGUUCAACAACGCGGGCGGCGCUAUGGGGCAGAUGCUGAUUCUGCACGCGUCUGUGAGCGAGUACCUGAUUCUGUUCGGCACGGCCGUGGGCACGGAGGGCCACACGGGCGUGCACUUUGCGGAUGACUACUUCACGAUCCUGCACGGGGAGCAGAGCGCGGCACUGCCACACGCGCUGGAGCCGGAGGUGUACACGCCGGGUAUGACGCAUCACCUGCGCAUGGGCCACGCGAAGCAGUACGCGAUGCCGUCGGGCUCUUUUGCGCUGGAGCUGGCACAGGGGUGGAUCCCGUGCAUGCUGCCGUUCGGUUUUCUGGACACGUUCAGCAGCACACUCGACGUGUACACUCUGGCGCGCACCGUGCAGCUGACAGCGCGCGACAUGUUCAAGAACUUGGUGUACAAUUUCAAGUUUUAG